AUGACUGCGUUCCCUGGGAACAUUCCAGGACUGUUGACACUCUCUAACGAAAUUUUGCUUGCUGUCUUUAUAUUUUGCAAAAGCACAGAACGAAAGCAUCAGAAUGACAGCAUUUCCAGGCUAAGAUUAACCUGCAAGAGGUUUUGCCUGCUGCACAGCGAUUAUGCUGUUCGUCGCUGCGGCAUUUUAGACUUCAGCCGUCCAGAGAGUGUUGUGCUAUUUCGUCAAGUGCUUGAUAAUCCUCAAAUUGCAGAAGGAGUUCGCGAAGUCAAUGCGCGGUUACACUUUUACCAUCCAUGGAUUGCGGCCAGUCUUCACAAUUUUACCGCAGCCAUUUUAUCUGAAUGGGGUCAACGAACUCGAAUUUUCGAUGCAGUUGACAGUAGAUCAGGCGGGCAAAUGACAUUCGAGAGUCUGAUGCAGCAAUACAUCAGCGACGUACAUGUGCAUAAUGCUAAGUCUGUAGAGCCUUCUACAUCACGCAACACGGCAAACCAGACAGGGUAUCCCAGUGGUAUCCUUGAACAUGCUUAUGGUAAGUACAAAGAAAGAUACGAUUCUCAAAUGCUCUUGCAUGGCGACGGUGUCUUUGCAAUUGGGAUAGCCGAGAUCUUGGAGAGACUGCCGAAUGUUCGGCACGUCAUGAUCCAUGACGGCGUUCUGAAUAACAACUAUGAUCUGGGUCGCAAAUUCGAUCCACUCGACGAACAAGACACCUCAGCCCAAGCCGAUGUUCUAACCCAAGUCUUUUCUCGGCCAAUGUUAUGGGAAGAAGCACGUUGGAUCCAACCAAACGAAUUCAUAUGGCCUGGGGUUCCCACGAGAUUACUCGUGGAUAUUCCUUUAGCCCUCGGAGCUGUAGAUUCACUGCUCAUCGACCAACUCUCCAUCCAUGUAUCAGCUGCGCCGAAUUACGCAGCAAUGCAACUCAGUGGAGAUGAAAGAGAAAAGCUAUCAGGUGCUAUCAAAGAGCUUGAUCUUUUGCAAUUCAGCUUUCAGCCACGGUGCCGUAGCGGCUGUGGCCCAUGGAUCAGAAAUGAAGACGACAACGACACUGUCAGGACAGCGAGUGAGAUGGAAGUUCUGAAUGAGUACUUAGGUGCAAUCUUCAACGCUGGAUGUAUCACUAACGCUGAUAUAAAUCUGGGCGAGUUUUGGUACAGCCUGGGCCUCAAGUCCAUACUCGACGCUCCGAGCUCAGUCGGUAUUGGGUUCACGUGGCCUUCAGUGUCCGGCUUGCACUCCAUUCACCUUGUCGAAAUAACUACCACCACUACAGAACUUGCAGCUUUGGCAGCCACUCUGGGUGUUGGGUCAGAGGUUUCCUUGUUUAUGGUACACAUCAGAGUUGGCUUGUGGCGAGAUGCUCUUCAGACACUGAGAGACGGGCUGCGUGAUCCGCAGUUAGUUUAUAUCACACACCCGAUUGGCGGUGAGAUUCAGAACCUCACCGGUGAUCAAGUCGACUCAAUUUUCAGUUCUCGAUACACGGAAGAUGGUACCAAGGCUGAAUGUUAUGCUAUGGGAAGAAUGUUGGAUAAUCCACUCGAUGCAACCAUAUAG